AUGCUGUGUUUCCAAACUCUUCUCCCCACUAGUGGUUCUUCCACUAGUGUUUCUCCCUCACUAGUAUUCCUCCUAAUAAUUGGUCUCAUACAUAUAUGCGAAUCACAUUUGAAAAAUAGACUAGUAGUUUUUUACCUGAACGGUACAGGCACAUUGCAGCAACGAAAGAGAAGAAGAAACUUGAGGAGGUACAACCUGCUAUGCUUGAAAGAGAAUGAAAUUUUUGCUGAAUCAAAAGAAAAGUAUGAAUCAGAGGGGAAUGUCAAGACGGGAAAGAUAACUCAAGGAGAUGACAAUUUAAAUAUACAUAAAUUCGAAGGAGAAAAUGUGAAAAUAAACUCAAAUAUGAACAUAAAUAUUUUUCGUAGUAAAAACGAUACAAGCUCAGCAUAUGAUGAAGGAAUGUGCAUAUACAGUUUUUUGAAAGAUAUCGAAAUUAAAGAUUUAAAAAAGGUUCCAUCAUUCAAUCCAGAGUUAGCAGAUGUACAAAUUGAAAAGAAAAAUGAUUAUAUAAAACUUAAAAAAAUAAGGAAAAAUAGCUAUUUAGAGAAUCCUCUAAUAUAUAAAGACACCAAAUAUGAAUUGCCAUAUAUACUGAAUUAUUUUCCUGAUGACAUGUUCAUUUUUAAUUUCGAUGGAGUUAUAAAUAUGAACAAGCAAGAAAAAAUAGUUGUAGCAUUUUUAACAUUUCUACGUAUUUUUCAAGUGAACAUAAGUAAGCAAAAAUUUGCCAAUUCAGAGAAUUAUAUAAAUUUUCUCUUUAACAAUAAACCAAUAGAGGGAUUACCUUUAUAUGAUUUUUUAAAAUCUAGAAAAUAUCUACUUCUGGAUGGAGAAAGGAACAAACCACAUGAACAUAAUGAAGAUCCAUUCAUCUUGCUAAAGUUGAUCCCAAAAUUUUUGUAUGCGAGAUUAUUGCACAUAUAUAAAUACUUAAAGAAUAACGAAGAUUUAGUAAUUUCAAUUAAAUACAUCUAUGAUGAAAUAGACGCUAUAUGCACCAAAUAUAACUACGACAUUAAUCAGAUGAUUCGAAUUUGUAAAAAUAAGAAUAUUAUGCAAGCAAAGCUCCAAAGUAUUAGUAACAGUGUUACUCAGAUGAGAAAUAGUAGAGAAAAAAAUGAACAAUAUGGAAGUGGACGAAAUGGUAAGGACGACGAGGGACCCAAAGAAGAGCUCUGGAAAAAAACUCAUGGCACAGCACAUCUCCAGGAGGAGGGAAAAGAGCCAGACAAUGAGACACAUUUAAACAUUUACGAACUUGUUAAGGAACUAACGGAGGGAACCUUCAACCCAUCAAUUAUUAUGAAAUAUAAAAGAAUAGAAAAUUUUCCAAACAUUUUUCCAAGUUUUCAAAAUGAUUUUGAGGAUUUUUACAAAAAAAAAAUGAAUCUGAAAUUGUAUGAAAGGUAUAGAGUAAAUCCAAAGGAUAUUCAAUCAGAAUUUGAAAAAAUAAGAAAAUUAUUGAUGGAAAAUGAAAACAAUGCAUAUGUGAAUCUUAUGAAAUAUAGAUAUGCUUUUAAAGAAUUAAAUGAACAAGAAAGAAAAAAUCAUGAAACUUUUAAUUUCUGUGCAGUUGAUUUGAUUAACCACAACAUAAAUGUUUUUAAAAAACCAAUAUAUAUCAUUUCUACUGUUGAAAAUACAGAUUUUAUCGAUUACACAUUGAAAUUGUAUGGGGUGGAAUUUGUUCGAAAAGAAGAUCAGCAAUUAUUGAGAAUAUUUGGAAAAGAUUUCUUACAAAAUCGGGAUAACCCUACUUAUGAGAAGAAGUCUAACACAAUUGUGUCUAAUUUGAAGAGGCUUUUCAAGUCACCUUACUUCUCUCGAACUGGACGUGAAGAUGAUCUAAGCAGAACAUCCCAAUCAGAGGAGGAACAACAGCUCCUCCCAGAUGAUUAUCUACACGACGAGUACAACAUCGAUCUGAAUUACUUAAAAUAUAGAGAGAAAACAAAAAAAAAUGAUUACAACUUUGUUACGCAUAGUUAUUACAUGAACAUACUUAAGGAAAAAUGUGACAUGAUUAAUUUCAUUAUUAGUCAGUACCAUCAAAAAGAUGAUGUCCAAAUUCAUAUAAUAGAUCAGAAAUAUGAAGACCUCAAUGCAUUAAACAAUGAUACUAGAUUUAACAAAAAGGUUAGACUCUAUUUUUGCGAGUGGGGGUACAAUUCCUAUGCAGACAGGUUAAAGGCCAUCCAUAACGACCGAAUUAAAAGUUUUUCUGAAUCAUUCAAACUUGUGUUUCUAUGUUGCACUCAUCAGAAUUCACCACGCCGUGAACAUACCCAUGGUAGAGGAAUACCAUUAGAUAUUUAUUCCAAGUUUAUGUUGAAGUUUUUUUUGAAAAAGGGCAUAAUCACCAAGACAUCGGAUGUCGCUUGA